CACCCUCAAUCUGCCCUCCCUCAACUUCAAACCAUUUCCCCUUGUCCUGCUGUUACAAAGCCUGUGGGCUGCAGAGCUUCUGUGAGCAUUUUCAAAACUUAGGGUGUUUGUGACUGGUGCUCAGUGAAGUGCUCUGUGGAUGCCUGACUGCUAUGGAAGAUUACUGUUGUUUUCAGGGAGAAAAAAAUCAAGAUAAAUUCCCAGAUGAUACUGUUCAUAAUUUCUUAUUUCUGCAUCUUUCCAGCUGAUAAAAUCAGUCAGUAGAAAACAGGCAUGUAAAAUUAAACAACGAAUCAGAUGCAAUCAAUAAAAGGGAUUUGAUGUAAUCAAAGGGCAUUUGCAUGUUAUAACACACUGUCAGUUGUUCAGUAUAUUUUUAUGUUUCCCUUUGGUGUCUGUGUGCUUCUUAGGUGGUCCAUAUGGAUGAGGUGUGUGGGAAGCUUUGAAAUGUGGGCCGUUUUUGGUGGGAUCCCUUGUUGGGGUGGGUGUUGGAAACUGUGUAGGGUCUGAGUUAAGGUUCAACUUAGGGUUGGGAUUUGGAGACAGAGAAACCGCACAUCCCCAUGUGAGUGGUGCUGGGAAGGGUCUGCCAAAGAAGUUUGAUGUGUACCAGAAGCUUUGACUUGUGGCUCCCUCUUUGUAGGAUCCCCAGCUAGAGGAGAUGUUGGAGCUUUAAGUGGGUAGUUGUUUGAGUUGGUCUCUGUCCAGGUUUACUGUUUGGAUAAGGUUUGCUGUUUGGAUUCUGGCUAGAGUUUGAAAAAAAAGUGCAUUUCUCCCAAACAUUGGAUCUGGUCACUGUCUGGGUUCAGGGUUAGGGUUUCUAAAGAGAAAGUGUGUAUCUGUUGUGUGAGUGGCACUGUCAAAGAAGGUUGAGCUGUACCAGCAGCUCAGAUAUAUGGGCCUUUAUUGGUGGGAUCCCUGUUUUGGGUGGAUGUUGAAGCUAGUCACUGUCUAGUUUUAGGGCUCAGUUAAGAUUUUGACUGGUGUGUGGGGAUUGCUAGGUCAAGACCUAAACCAGUGAUUGAGGAGCAAGUGAGAAGGUGUGGCAGUGCAUGAUUGGAAGUGGGUAGACCCAGGGGCCGCCCUUCCUCAUUCUUACUUAAGGGAGCAGGUUUUCUAUUUGGAGGUUGCCCCUUCUAGUGACUUUACUGGCCUUUGGAAAGAUGAACCUUAGGUCGUCUUUUGAACUAUAUCUUUAUGAAUACCUUCAUGAAAAUCAAGUGUGUUUCUGUUCUGACAGAAAGCAUUAUUGCCUUCCCUUACUCUACAGCUUGAGAGAGAGAGAAAGCCCAGAGUGCCUUGUGCGUCAGUGAGAUUGGGAAGGAUCUGCCAAAGAAAAACAAGGUGUACCAAAGAUGCUAUUUUGAAUUGUAGGUUCCCUAGUUAGGGUAGGAACUUUGCAUUUUGGGUCUUGGAGCUACUCACUACCUGGGCUUAGGGUUUGGGUUUGGAGAGAGGAAAAGAACAGAGCCCUUGUAUGAGUGGGAUUGGGAAGAGUCUGUGAAGGAAACUGAGUUGUGAUCCAUUUUUGGUGGGAUUCCUAGUUAGGUUGUGUGUUGGAGCUGGUUACUGUCCAGGGUGUGAGUUAGGGUUUUGAGAGGGAGGGGUGGUGCAAAGCUUCUUUCAGAGUUUAUAGUGUUUUGUUUUGAUGUGAGAAAUAGAGUUUUAGUUCACAUCCCCACCUAGCUAUGGUAAAGUCCUCAUGUGCAUAGAUAGCCUUUGCCAUCCUGAGGUUUUUGCAGACAGUUUCUCUUACAGGGAACUAAAGCAACUGAUCAGAAUCUUUGGAUAGGUUUUAUCUAAAAACUAGUAUGUAUAACAUAUGUUAUGAGAUCAUCUUCUGGGUACUCAAGUAAUGGCAUUGGCAUUUCUUUUGCUUAUUUUUAAGUCCUUUAACUGGUGGUUUGUUUUUUGUUUUUUUUUUUUAAUUUUCCAGGUAAUUGUAGUUUUUAUGUAUUGUUCUCUUUUAAAGGUAUAGCGUUUUUGCAUUCGGUGCCGACUGUGCAAAAAUCUCACAUCUUUUUAGUUUUUUAGAAGUGCUUGUGAAUAUUGGGUCCCUACAGCCACGCCAGGAUGUUUUCUGCCACAUGUACAGGUCUGGAAAGGCUUUUUGGCUUUGCAUUUGGGGUGGAGCAUAUAAUGAACAGGACAGGCUCUUUUUCUGCUGAUAGGAUAGACUGAGUGGGGGAAACGCUCUGGGCAAAUGCUCAGAGACCUUAUUGGUUCCUUCCAUCUGAUGCAUGGGGACUUAAAUUCACAACGGGGACUGGUGGAGUAGUUUGGGAAGAGAAGAGAGCUUUCAGCUUGCUCAGAUUGGCUCUGCAAGUGGCAGGAUAUAUCAGAAGGGCAUCUGAAAGUACUUGAAGGGUAAGAGGAAUCUUUAAGUUUUGUUGUUGUUGUGUGGGUUGUUUUUGUUUGUUUGGUUGGUUUUGCCUGAGAUUCUUGUUUCUGAAUGGAAAAACCCAUCCAUUUUUUCUUUGACACCCUGUAGUACAUGCCUGCCAUUUAAGGCUCUGAAAGCCUCUGCACAAACAACAACAAUCCUGUGUUAGGCAGAUGUGUUAUUGCUGCAAAAUGUGUAGUGUAUGGAGUAGCAGUUAAUAUUGCUCCCAGACAAAGGGAUUAAGGUUCACAGGUUGUCUCCUCCACAGUGGAACCACAGCUACUGAAGUGAAUGUGACUUUUGCCAUUGGCUUUAACAGGGCAAGGUUUUAACCUGCAAGUUAAUUAUUUUAGAGUGCUUGUUCCUGGCAAUUUCCAAUUUAGGCUCUUGUUUCUGUGUGAUAGUGAUUGCAUAUAAUUACAACAAACACUAUUAGUACUUGUUUGUUGUUUUCUCACAGAAAAGCUCUUUCUAUGCUUUCUAAUGCACCUUUUCACAGACUCAUUGGUGGAAGCCAAUACAGUACUGUUUCCAUAAUAAUACUACUUUAUUAUUUAUGCCAGUUAUAAAAUGUGAAAUUCUGUGCGUAAGUAAAAUUGAGCAAAUGCAGAUGUCUGAAUGUUUUUGAACUGUGCAUGCAACAAAACAAAGAUUUGCUUCAGGAAAGACCACUUGACUUAUGCUGGAAACUAAUGAUUUAACAAAAGAGAGCUAGGCAAAUCAUUAUAAAACGCAUGUUGAUCUUAGCUAACAAAAGCAAAAUUACUGUUAAGCCUCUCUACAUUUUCUAACGAGUGUAUAUCAUGCCAGAAGCAAUCUGCCCUUCUUCUUGUGGGAAGGGUUGAUACAUCUUGCUUAUCAGACACUGCAAGAGAAUUAAUUAGUGUAGCAGAAUAUCUAUUAUUCCUCCUGUGUUCCUUGAGAACCCUCCCGUGGCUUUAGGAUGGUUAGAUAUGCCCACUUUUCUAACUCAGGAAACUGCCAGCUCCUCUGUGUCCGGUGCUGUGGUACAACUUGGCAGCACUGCUGGCUCAGGAUUGCAAAAGUAGCACAAAAUAGCAAAAAUAGCCCUUGUAACUUACCAAGCUCAGGUCUCAGUGCAUGGGCUUCUUGCACUGUAUUUCCUUUUCUCUGGCUGCUUUCUUUCAGCUUUAAUUUGCGUUGCUUCUGGUGUUGCUUUGUGUAACUCUUGCUGUGCCCAUACGUACGUGUUCUACUCUGCUGUUUGGAAAGGCUUCCUGAUGUCUGGAAAUUAUUUCCUUCCUCUAUGAACUUGUUUUGUUGAGACCGUUUUUCUUCAAUCAUCUGCCAUGGUUAGUUCCCCAAUGCUCACAAUUUGAUCUUUCAGUUACCUCUGUCUCUCUCUUCCUUCUGCAACCUAGAUCUGUGCAUUUCCUCUCUCCUCUGACUGCAAACUCCUUUUCUCUCCUCAGUCCCAUCUCCAUCCACAUCAUCAUGAGACACUGCUGGUACCCACAGCAAGGUCUUCAUCAGCUCUUGCCUUGAUUACAGCAGCUUCCAGCCGUGCAUCUUCCCCAGAACAUCAUAGUGCAACGGUCUGCACGCUGUAUCCUCAAGUGCUGAUCUGUGGGAUGGAGAAAAGCUUACAGAGCUAGGCUGAUGAAAUCUUCCACUGUAGGUUCUCUCCAGCUUUGGUUAUCCUGUGCUUUGCGCAGUGAAAGAUGUGAGCAGGGAUUCUUUCAUCCCUUUCCUCAGGAGAGUAUUUUCUAGCUUCACAGACCUGACUUCUAGGCAUUCUUUCCUAAAUUCUUCCUUUCCUUGGUCUCCUGUUAUUGCUCAUUAUGUCUAUGACAUGAUAUUCUCCACAAUGAGUCAGUUAAACCCGCUCUUUUUAACAGCAGGGGAAAAUCUCGUUAUUACAUGAUGAAGAAGCCAAAAUAACUGUCCUCCUCUUUCAUUAUGCUUGAAAGAAAUCCAUAUGUCUGAGGGUUUUUCCUCAUAAAUGAUCUCCAGGCUGAGGAAAAUCUGAGAUCAAUUUGUGGUUCUCAGGAAGACCUACUUAGUAAUGACAUCAUGUUGUAACCCAGAAUGCUGUUUAGCACUUAGUGCUGAGAGAAGGGAUUUUGUCUGUGCUUUGUAGGGGCAAGGAUUGGAUUCUGGCUCCUCAUUUCCAGAUUUGGAAAUAAAGGAGGCAGGGAAGAAGUCCUACCUCAGCAGCACAACAUACCCUUUCUCCCCACUCUUCUUGCAGGAAAUUAAAUCUGCUAGGUAAGUGCUGAAUGGAGGAAGAAGACGACGAACAAAGCAGAGUUCUGCUUGUGAAUUAGAAGCAGAGAUGAUUGUCUUAUUUAAUUAAUAUAAAAAUAAAAUGAAAUCAGUAGCUUUUGCUUGAUCUCAGUGAAGAUCUUCUCGUGGACAGGCCAUCAAGCUUCUAGUUGGAAACCAUGCUAGCUGAGGUGCUGCUGGAGAUCACUUACUCUGACCAGAAGACAUUGGUAAUUGUAAUGUGGAGCACAGCUAGAAGACUGACUGUUCUAGCUGCAUGGGCUGAAAAGGAUUAUGGCAUAGUUAAUAGUUGUGUUGAACUGCAAUACUGAGUCUCGUUUAAGAAAGACAAGUUUAAAGCUCCUAGUCAGGAGGGGCUAGAAGCACUCUUGAUCUAAUUCAUACAGUGUGACUCUUUUGCAGGUACUAACCAACCUUAUGCUGAAUCAAAGCAGAAUACUUGUGGAAAAUUAUGAAUGCCAGCUUUAUGAUCACAUUUCUUACAUUUUCUUUCUUUCUUCUUGAAAGCAGCUUUGCUGUUUAGGGGUCAGUGCUUCCUCUGAAAACCUACUGGAUGGAUUUCCAGAGCUGGUUUGCCUUCCCCGUUGGGAUACUGCUAUGCUGUACUCUUCAGGCAUCUGCCAUUCAAUUUCCUGCAUCUGAAAACUGCACCAGCAAUGGUCAAAGAAUAUCCUUCACCCACUCCUACAAGAUUGACCUGCCCACAUCCUCCCAGAUCAAGGUGGAGGCGGAUCCGUUGCAGCACGAAGGCAGCAGUGGGUUGCAGCUAGAUCCUGGUGAGGCUGAGGAAAAUGAAGAGCAGGAUAUCAUCUUUAGGCACAACAUCCAUGUGCAUGCACCCAAAGGGAGCUGUGAAACUCUGGCCCAUGUCAAAGAUCUUCUUGAGAGGAUGGAGAAGCUAGAGAAAGAAGUUGCAGAGCUGAGAGAAAUCUGCAGCCCUCAGAAGUGCUGUGGGGGAAGCCAGGGUGUCACGCAUUGCAGCAGUCACGGGAUGUUCCUCUAUGAGACCUGCAGCUGUAAGUGUGCAGAGGGCUGGGAGGGCAGUGACUGCUCCCGCCCCACCUGCCCCAACCUCUGCAGUGGCCACGGGCGCUGUGAUGGCGGGAGGUGUAUCUGUGAUGAGCCUUAUUUCAGUGAGGACUGCAGCCAGCAGCUCUGUCCUGAGAACUGCAGCGGCAAUGGGAUCUGUGACACAGCUAAAGGGGUCUGCAUGUGCUAUGAGGAGUUCAUCGGAGAGGACUGCAGCGAGAAGCGAUGUCCCGGGGACUGCAGUGGCAAUGGGUUCUGUGACACAGGAGAGUGCUACUGCCAUGAGGGGUUCUUUGGCCCUGACUGCUCCCAGGUGCUUUCUCCUCAGAACUUGCAGCUGCUGAAUGCUACAGAGGAUUCCAUGGCUGUCAGCUGGGAUCAAAUGAUUGAUGUGGAUAAUUACCUCAUCAGCUAUUACCCAGUGGGGCACGAGACACUGGAGAAACAAGUCCGUGUGCCCAAAGAGCAGCUCAGCUGUGAGAUUACGGGUCUCCGUCCUAGCACCACAUACAAUGUUACACUUCGACAUGUGAAGGAGGGGAUUGCCAGUGAGCCCAUUCAUCUAGAAGCAAGUACAGUCCCAUCUGCACUCAGUGCCGUCUGGGUGACGGAGGAGAUGGAGUAUUCCCUGGAAGUAGAGUGGGAGAACCCACCAACAGAUGUGGAUUUUUACAAGCUGAAAUUCAGAUCCCUGGUAGAUAUGGAUGAGAAGCAGGUCAUGGUACCCAAAAGCAGUGACCCCAAGAGCAGACACAUCAUGACUGGCCUAAAACCUGGCAUGGAAUAUGAGGUUACUGUCAUACCUGUGAAAGAUGAUACAGAGGGUAAACCAUCCUCAGUGAGUGGCAGGACAGGAAUUGAUAGCCCAACCAAUGUGGUGACAGAUCGAGUGACAGAGGACACAGCCACUGUCUCAUGGAAUAAAGUUCAGGCUCCUAUAGACAGGUACAUGGUGAGAUACACCUCGGCUGAUGGAGACACCAAGGAAACAGAGGUAGGCAGUGAAAACAGCAUCAUCACCUUAUUGAAUCUGAAGCCAGGCAUGGAAUAUACCAUCCAUAUCUGGGCAGAGAAGGGACCCCACAGGAGCAAGAAAGCCAACACCAAAGCUCUGACAGAGAUUGACAGCCCAACUAAGCUGUUGACUGACCAAGUGACAGAGAAUGCAAUCACAGUUUCCUGGAACAAAGUCCAGGCUUUAAUAGACAGAUACAGAUUGAAUUACACUUCGGCUGAUGGGGAUACAGAGGAGAGAGAAGUGGAGAAAGACAAGAAUAUCACCACCUUGGCAGGACUGAAGCCAGGCAUGGAGUAUGUUAUUCACAUCUGGGCAGAAAAGGGAGAACAACAGAGCAAGAAGACCAGCGCUGAGGCUGUGACAGGUAAGAGGGCAGUAGGUUGAGAGUAUAAGCUACAGCCUGGUUU